GCUCACUCGGUCAAUCAAAUUUAUGUGAUUUUAUUAUUUAAAAUGGCCUUAACACGUGUAAGAAGAGGGGAACUGCCACAGGAUGCAGUUAUUAUCACAGAGGAUCAAGCUCUACGAUACCAGUGGAAAAUUAUAACAGCCUGGGACAAGAUGAGCGAUGUUUGGUCUCUACGAUACACACCCGGCAUUAUCAGCGCGCUAGCAGCAGCCAGUGGAGCCUAUAUAAACAAUCAUUACCGAACUAAGCUGCGCCUAGGCAGUAGUGGACGAUUUUCGAGCUAUUUACCUAUUGUAGUUGUCCCUGCCAUGUUCACCAUGCUGACGCACAAGUUCUUUAUACAGCGACCUAUAUUGGUGAACCCUUUGAGUGAAUGUCCCGUCUGCAUACAGGUGCGCGCAGCUGCAUUUCAAACGGCUCUAGGCGUGGUCUAUCCAUCUAUACUGGCGCCACUUGCUGCUUUUAUGUUUGCCACGCGCCAUUACACCUACCGGCUGCCCUCAAUAACAGAGAGUCCUAUGGAAGUGUUUCAGCUGUGGAGAAAAUUCACACGUCCCAUUGUACCAGUUUUGGGGUCAAUUAUUGCUUUACAAGCGCUGCUCACAAUGUAUCUAACCGGCAAACAGGAGACGCAAAAUUUCAAUCUUAUGCUGCGCAUGAAGGAAAUUGAACGGGAAAUAGAGGAGCAGCACCCGCCGGAGCAAAUACUUUACUAAUAUGAUACAUGUAUAUAAUAAGUUGAAAUAAAAAUGAGAGCGGUUAUUGUUAA